UAUAUUAGUCAUUUACAUAGCCUUCAAUUAUUUGUGUUUGAGUUUUAAAACCAAAUUAAACUAUGGAAAUUUUGACUGUUUUAAUAGGGAUUAUCCUGUGUAGCUCAGUGUCCAAAGCAGAGCUUGGUGUGAUCGGGGACAUAAGUGACGAAUCCUUUGAGAUGUUGAUAUCCGGGGGACAUAAACCCAAGAGUAAUCGACUGUCCCGUCACGUGGUCUCCAUCCGCACCCAGAACUAUGUGCGUACCCGUGGAGACAAUCACUUCUGCAGUGGAGUCCUGGUCAGCAGUCGAGCGGUCCUAACCGCUGCCCACUGCAUUACGGAUCGGUACAAGGCCUCUAUGAAUCCGCGGGGCCUGAGAGUGGUUUUCGGAAACGUAAGACGUCUGGCGGCCUAUGAGGAAUCGGACACCCGGACUGUGGAUCGUCUGGUGGUCCAUCCGGAAUACCAGCGAUACAAGAAGAAUGACGUGGCCAUGCUCAGACUAUCCGAUCGCCUGCACAGCUCCAACCACGAUGUCCUGCCGCUGCUCCUUCGCAAAACGGCCAAUGUGUCCUAUGGCGAUGUCUGUGUCACCGUCGGUUGGGGGCAAAUAUAUCAGCACGGUCCUUAUGCGGAUGAGCUCCUUUAUAUGGACGUUAUUUUAAGGCCGCCCUCCUUUUGCGAAAAGCACUUCCCUACCUUUUUGGAAAACCUCUUCUUAUGUGUGGAGCCCGAUGUCGAGGGUGGCACCUGUGCCGGAGACAUGGGCGGACCGCUGAUCUGCAAGGGCGCUCUAUAUGGACUCAUUCCCGGUCAUUUGGGAUGUGCUGGCGGCAAGGCUAUGCAGUUCUUAAGCUUUCCAUACUACAAGGAUUGGAUUAUAAGCACCAUGAAAUCCCUUUCUGAUUGUGGCUUCAUCGAAGCCUCGAAAAGUGUUUUUUUAACUACCUUCAUAUUGGUUCUCGUAAAUUUAUAAAAAUAUAAAAUGUAUGGGAAAAAUAUUAUAAAAUGUGGUCAUAAGAUAAAUUUCUUUUUAAACUGCU